AUGGUAGAUUACUACAAGGUCCUUGGACUGCAAAAAAAUGCCUCACAGGAUGCUAUUAAGAAAUCCUACCACAAACUGGCACUAAAAUGGCAUCCUGAUAAGAAUCCCAAAAACAAGGAGGAAGCUGAGAAGAAAUUCAAAGAAAUUGUUGAAGCAUACGAGACUUUGUCGGACCCUCAGAAGCGAUCAUUCUAUGACAAGUCCAUUGAGGAGAGCAGAGCUCGCAGAGAGAGAGCUUCAGCGAGUUACAACAGCUUCUUUGAUUUCCAUCAUGGAUUCUCCCAUGAAGACGAGUUCUUUGGAGGCAUGUAUCCAUUUACUUGCAUUUUCUUGAACCCUUUUGACAUCAGAAUCAAUGGUGAGAACUGGCAGAGCUCAAGUGGAAGAGGAGGAAGGCCCAGGGAGCCGUUUGUGCAAAGGAAUUCAUUCUGCUCCAGCGGGCACCCCACCUCCUUCUUUGCUGAAAACACAUCUGGGCCAUAUGGUGUCAGAACAGUGAUAACCACUACUGAAGUGAUCAAUGGCAAGACUAUCACCACCCGGAAAAUCUUUGAGGAUGGGCAGGAGACAAAAGAAGUGGAAGAAGAUGGCCAGCUGAAGUCUGUAAUAAUCAAUGGGAGAGACUACCUUAAUAUUUAA